AUGCAUUUCCAUAUUUUUUCCAUCCUUUUGGGAAUCUCAUACGUCAUUGCAAUCCCACUUAAUACGUCUGGCCACAGAACCCUACCAAACGGACUAAUCACCCCGAGUCCCAGCGAGCUGGAGACAAUCGAAGAAGAUGCGCACGGCACUCUUCCCAAUGGCCCAGCUCCUCUGGGCAUCAGCGAAGGAGGCAUUGUCAACCUCAAGAUGAUCGCCCUGAGCGCGAUGUUCGAAGUCUCUUUCUUCGACGCUCUAAUUGAAAACAUCACUGCAGAGGUUCCCGGAUACCGCUUUGCAAGCGACGACGACAAGGAAUUCAUCCUUCGUGGUUUGCGCGUCAUUCUGGCCCAAGAGGAACUCCAAGUCCUCGACUCAAACAACCACCUAGCCCACUUCGGCAUCGAGCCAAUGCUACCCUGCCAGUACUCCAUCCCUGUCGACAACUUCGACGCAGCCAUCGAGAUAGCCGUCAAGUUCACCGACGUAGCCCUAGGAGUCCUGCAAGACGUCGUGGAACGCUACGCCCUGGGCAGUGACUUCACCCUGGCACGCCAGAUUUCCUCCCUCAUCGGCGAAAAGGGCGAGCAACAGGGCUGGUUCCGCGUCAUGCAGGGCAAGAUCCCGAGUGAGCUGCCCUACCCGACGACUGGCGACGUCCACUUUGCCUUCAGUGCAGUGCAGAGCUUCGCUGUUCCGGGCAGUUGUCCCAACAUCCACACCUUCCCUCUUGAGUCUUUCGAGCCGCUGCAUGUUAUUCGGGCUCCCGGCGCGAGAACGGGAAAUGUUUCUGUUUCGUUUGUCGAUCACCAGAAUGUCAGUGAUAGUUCCCUGUGGAUGACAUAUGUCAAUCAGCAGAACCUGCCGAUUGUCGAGCCGUUGCGUGUUGUUACUCGCACCGGCAAUGAGGUUGUGGCCGAGGCUUUGUUCCCUUAUGAGGCGCACGAGAUGAAUGGGUUGACUAUUGCUGCGGUUACCACCACUGAUGGGCCUUUUGCGAAUGCCUAUGAGGUGACCAAGGUAACUCUUGCUGCACCUGGUCUUCUUGUUAUAAACUGA